GCCUUGUCCCUGUGGCUGCCGGCCUUUUGCGAUUAGCCAAGCUCGCCUCAAGCCUGAACAUCGUGGACCCGGGGUCCCAUCUGCUGCUGUGGAAGGCCUUCGAUUUUUGCAUCCUGCUGAGGACAGCUCUUUGUCUUGUGGGUCAGCUCGCGGCUCCCCUGCAGGUGUUGUCCUUCAUUCCUUUGUGCUUCCGCCAUAAGCAGAUUGAUCCGCUUGUCGAGCUGGACAAAUUCAAGCAGCUGCUGCUGCAACAGCGGCAAGACCACUGGCUGUUGCCUUCCAUGUGUGCCGAAGGCCUUCUUUCGCUUCAGGAUGCAAGUGGCCAGCGACAUGAACGUGCUUUGGGCCCGGUCACAGCUGGUCAACUCAUGUGUGCCGAGUCUGCCCUUUUGCCGCCUGGCUUUAAGGUGCAUGUGUCGGUCAAUGGCCGGGUCCUACCGCGCUCCGCUCACCUCGCCUUCCAGCCGGCAGGUCCCACUUAUCACCUACAUGUGCAAAGGAAGGCGGCGGCUUUGGACUCAAAGCCAAUCGCCCGUGUCUCUGGAUGCAACGCCACUUCCUGUGGAGGCUCCCCUGCCUCAGUGGCCCCGUCCCCGCCUGCCUGCUCUGAGCAGCCGACUUCCACUCCUUCACCUCCAUCCCCGCUGGAUGCUUUGUGUACUGUCGGUGCCUCAGAUUUCACGAUUUGGUAUGGGAUACUCCAAUGGGUCCAAUGCCCGGCUGCUUGUAUUGACACUUGCUUGGUGCCCCCCUGUGCUGCUGAAACCUUGCUGCAGCUGCUGAGCGAAGACCUUUUGGUGCAGGCCACUGGUUCUUUCUUGCCACAGGGCCCUCUGAUACUUGUUCCUUUUGUCUCGCAGGGACACUGGUCAUUGAUUUCGUUGAGGGUCGCCCCUGCGGGCAUUGAAGCUGAGCUUUGGGACGGUGUCCCUGGCCGCAACCUGUCAACUGCCAGACUGCUGGUCCGCACUCUCUGUCGUCUUGAUGGUGCGGCUUUUCUGUCUUUGACUGAGCACACACAUUGGUUGCAGCAGGACCCUGCCUCUUGUGGGGCGCUUGUGAUUGCUCAUGCUGCUGCACUUACCAUGCAGGAUGCCUCGAACACCUUGUUGGACUGGGCUUUGAUUUUUCAGCAUGCCUUUCCGCCCCACUUGGCUUUUCUUCAGGGCUUUGGUGGAUUGACUCCUGAGCAAGACAAGGACUUAUGCCUCCUGCUCCUUGACAAAGGAGUUCCCUCCGAGGCUGUCGCCGCCCGGGUUCAGGCUGCUGUUGCUAAGGCGCUAAAGGCCUGUGCCUCCAAGCCCUCCUGCAUGUUCCGUUGGAUCUUGGCAGAGGAGCUCCAGAAUCACGUUGAGAGGCAGGCCCAGAAACGAUUUGGCACACAGGUGCCUAAGGCAAAGUCGAAGAAGGCUAAGCCUGCUCGACGGCAGUUGCAGGCCCCUCUUCAUGUGGACCCACUGCAACUCCGUCUUGCUCCGGGCACCUUCUCUGCAACCUCUGGCUCUCCACUGGGACAGCUUGACUUUCAUGAGGUUCAGGCCCAAGCCACCGGCAUUUGCUUUUGCACUACAGCCCAGGCCGCUCCUUUUGUGACCCAUGCCAGAAGCUUAAGUGUGGACCCUCUGGCUCUGGUGACCACAGCCGAGCUCGCGGCCGACCAAGUUGGCGCUGCCAGGGUCCAGAGCAUUCGCUAUCCUGCGGUUUUCGCUCCUACUGAGGAAGCUGUUUUAGUGGCGGGUUCCUUGAUUCAGCUUGGCGACGACGAUGUUCAAUUGGUUUCAGCCAGCAUUGCAGAGAGCUGGAUCGCAUUGACACGGGAUGAAAGUGCUUUGGCCUGGGAAAAGGUUGCUGAAGCACCUGUUCGCACCCUCUUGCAGCAGAUCCCUGCACUACAGGUGUGCAAAGAUCCUACAUGCAGCCAAACCUGUGGCGCAUUUCAUGCGGCUGUUGAUGAAGUGGUGGAACAUCUUUUCCUGGACAUUUGGGCUCGCCAGUGGUGCCGUUCUGCAGGAGCAAAGGUCAAGGCCCAGGAUGCCGAGGUGUUUCAGGCCUAUGUCCGGGUGCCAGCCUCUUCUGUGAUGCAUCUGCUCAGGCUCUCGCAGACUGGGCUCUAUUUCGAGCCCCGAGCCCCCGAUGGCACCGGUCCUCACCCUGCCUGGUCUGUUGUUUGGUUGCCGGGUGCUUCUUUGGCCGCGGCACAACAUGCCCUUCGGACUACCGAAAAAGCCGUUGCCUUGGCACGACUUGGGAAAAAGUACGGCUUGCGAACCAGGGAGGCGGAUGAGCAACAGGUCUUCGAGGCACAUAGGCCGCAACACCAGUUCUUGAAAGUGAGGGUAGCGGCUCACUUUAGGCUGCAUCCUCUUCCUCAUGGGCUCCAGCGGUCAGCACUUGUCCAGCUCUUGAAGCAGUGGGGCUGGACUGGUAAACCGUUGCAGCCGGAUCGUGGUGACUCCAAUGGGGCGGCUUGGCUUGUUGGCGCAUCCUGUGACCCUCCUGCCCCUGCCAUGCCGCUCGGCUCGGACUACGUGUUGAUUACUAAGAUCCGUGACAUCGGAGCCUCAAGCAAGGCCGCUCCGCUGCCAGUGUAUGCAUCUCUGCGCACCAAGAAAGCUCUGCUUCUUGAUGACGACCCCGAUGAGCCUGCUGCAGAUCCAUGGGUCACUGGCCCUGAUCCCUGGUCACAGGCCCGCCCUCUGCAAGCUUCUACGACAGUUCCCGCCACUUCUUCUGCUGGCACGAAGCUUGAGCAAAUCAAAGCUGACCUGAAGCAAGACUUGCAACAACUUGUCAGUGAACAGCUCGAGGCCAAACAGACCUCAGAGCCCCCGCCCGGACUCAGUGCACAUGACCACCGCCUUCACCAGCUUGAAGUUGGGCUCAACGAGGUCAGGCAUCAGAACUCUAAGUUCGAGAGUUGGUUUCAAAACAUUGGGACGACGGUCAGCGAUCAGGCCCAGCAAAUCCAGGCCCUUGCCGGCACAGUCAAGGAGCACCAUCAUGAGCUGGUUAAGGUCAGAACCGACCUCCAAAGCACUGUUCAAACAGCUGUGUUGGGUAUGCAAUCCGAUCUUUCGGCGCAGAUGUCAGCUCAACUCGCUGGACAGCUUGAGCAAAUCCAGUCGCUGCUGGCUGACAAAAAACACCGCACGGGUUGA